UAAUUGUUCUUCUUCAUGUGUUAUUUCCAGUGCGUCUCCUGUAACAAAUCCUUCAAGAAGCUGUGGUCGCUGCACGAGCACAUCAAGAUUGUGCACGGCUACGCCGAGAAGAAAUUCUCGUGCGAGAUCUGCGAGAAAAAGUUCUACACCAUGGCCCAUGUCCGCAAGCACAUGGUUGCUCAUACCAAGGACAUGCCGUUCACCUGCGAGACCUGCGGCAAGUCGUUCAAGCGCAGCAUGUCCCUCAAGGUGCACUCAUUGCAGCAUUCUGGAGAGAAGCCCUUCCGUUGCGAGGUAGGACAUCACCAGUUCACACUUUGUGUUUUAGUUACACACUCAAUGGCCCUUUUUUACACUCUACCACUUUACCUUUUUUAUUUUUAA